AACUACCCUAGGAGAGUGUCUCAUGCUCGCCCAUCACUCGAGGCCACUUGAGUGUAUGGGUCAAGUCAUUGGCCACGAUAACGAUGUCGAUAGCGAGUGAACACGUCCUGCACCCCCUUGCGAGUGAAAGGACAUCGGAUAACAAAACAAUGCAGCAUGAUGUCAAGCAAUAACAAGUUAUAAUAAGAACAAAAUAAAACCGAGAUGAGUCAUUCCCUACACAGCCACAAGUGCACGAGUUUAGUCUGAAGCACAACUUUUCCCACCGCUGCGCUUUGUGUUUUCGUUUCAAAUUCAAUCGCUACUGCGCAAUCUGGGAGCACAAUGGCACAGGGCUCAGAACACAUUCCUCCUGCGCAGAGGCCUUGGAUCAACCCCCAGUCUCCAAUCAGGUCGAACAUUGUCCCACCAAUCCCUUGUUGGGUUUGGUAGACGGGGGUUUGGUGGGACAGUGGUCGACGUGAUUGGCUCUAGCGAGUCUGGCUCUGCUGCUCAUGAGAUACCGCGUGUCGAAACUGCUGCAGGUUUUGCAUGAACCGCAGCAAUGCUGCUGAAAUUAUGCACUCUCAGAAGAUUGUGUGCCUUAAUGGGAUGUGAAAAAAUAUAUACUUCCGUUUAUUAUGCGGCAGGACAGAUAUAGGAAGGAGGCGGAAUGUCUGAUUAAUUAUUUAAUGAUGUUUUUUUAAUCUGGUUAAUAGGAUUAGGAUUGGGGGAGGGGUUCGGGUCAGGCCCCCCCCGCUCUCCAGCGCCCCUCCCCCCUCGUGCAAUCGCCGCCUCGUUUUACAAACGCGCUCGGCUCGCCGUAGCGCGGUGACGUCACCCGUAGUGGAGGCCUCGGGGAGAGAGGAGCCGGGACUCGGCUGUCGCGUCCUCAGCGGCAGCGCCGUCGAGAAAGAGGAGAGCGGUGGCGGCAGACGCGGCUCGCUCGCUGCACUCUCACCCCCUGCAAGGCCGAUACAUUCGCCGCACCCACCGCAGUCGCCACGCAGCAGGAACCGCCGCUGCUCGGACGCCCCUCUGCCGUCGCUCCUCUUCGCUGCGCGACCCCAGAAUCUCCGUCAGUUCCCUCCGAGGUGCGACGGGGCGGGGGACAGCCGCCCUUGGGCCGUGUCCGUCAUGCACAGGGCCAUGGCCUGUCUGCUUGCUUUGCUUGUCGCGCUCGUCAUGCUCGGCCUCGACAAGGCCAGCGCCGGGGCCGGCACCGGGAACGCGGAGGAGCCGAGCCGGCCCGGCGAGCUCCUCGGUCGCGCCGGGCCCGACUCGUUCCCCGAGCCGAGCCUCCGGGCCCUCGACUGGAGGCCGGAGUGGCAGAGCCAGGAGCCGCUGCCUCCCGCAGAGCCGCGGGGGCCGGGGGACGCGGCGGGGGCCGUGCCCGACCUAAGCACGAGCGCCGGCCAGGGCUUUGAGCUCCAUCUCCCCGCGCUGCUCGAGGGCAACGCGUCCGUCCAGGUGUACCAGGUGGGGAGUGAUGCGUUGCCGCGGUGGCUGCACUGGGACCCCCGGGCCGGCCGUCUCCUGGGCCACCCCCUGGAAGCCGACACUGGCGUCUACCACAUCUCCAUCGGCCACGACGCGAGCCCCAGCCAGGUGUUCUCCAUCGCCGUCCUGCCCGAGGAGAGCUCCGCCAGCGCCAAACCGCCUGCGCCCUUCUCCAACUCGAUCGCGCUGGCGGCGUGCGAGCCGGGCCAGCCCCACACGGUGCUCACGGUGGUGAUCGACGCCGACGUCGACACGCUGGCGCUCGCGCGGCGCACGCAGCUCCUCGACAGGAUGACCGCCUUCUCGGGCGUCGCGAUGCACGACAUGAGGCUGCUGCCCGUGCGGAACAACAAGCUGUUCGACAUGUCGGCCUUCGUGGCGGGGCCGGGCAACGCCAAGAAGAUGGUGGAGAACGGCGCCACGCUGUCCUGGUUGCUGGGCUGCGGCCUCGGCGAGGCCUCGGUGCCUAGCUUGGCGGCCGUGGAGAAGCCGGCCAAGGAGGGCGCCAUGGCGACGGCGCUGGGAUUCCCGGUGCUUGGCUGGUACAUCGCCAACCAGAAGCCGCCCGCGGGGAAGCGCGUCCGGCGCGGGGCGCUGCACGUGACGCCCACGCCGGUGAUGACGAGCGCCCCCCCCACCCGGCCCCCCCAGCCCGAGGAGCCACCCGCGCGCAUCGUGCCCUCCCAGCCGUCGCACUCCCCGCUCCCGACGACUCGAACUGCCUCGCCGGACCGUGGCCGGGACCGCUUCACCGCGGGCGGCGCAGCCACGGCGCUGCUCCCCGUUAAGCCGACGGCCACGCUGCCCGGCACCGCGGAGCCCACGCUCGUGCCCGCCCCUCCCGCUGUCCCCGACGUCUCCCGGAAGACGGAGGCCGCCACGGCCCCUUCCGCUCGGCGCGUCACCACCACCGCGGCCACCGCCGCUGCCGCCGCCACACGCAAGCCGCCGCGCUCCAAGAGGCCCCGCGUGCAGAAGCCCGACGAGGCCGCGCCAAGGCCCGCGGCCAACCAGGUCCCGUACCUGCAGAACCCGGUGGACCGCCUGGACGUGAACGCGGGGACCUACUUCGAGUACAAGAUCCCGGUGGACACGUUCUACGACGCGGAAGACGGCCCCACCGACAAGCUGAAGCUGUCUCUGUCCUCCCACGUGGACCACUCGGCGUGGGUGCAGCUCAACAGCGCCAGCCGGGUGCUGUUCGGACUCCCGCCGGACGACGAGGUCACCAAACACGAGUUCUUUUUGACCGCCACCGACAAAGGCGGCAAGUUCGUCUCCGACGCUUUCGAAAUCGUGGUUCGCGACAAACCCAACGGCGGCAAAUCGAGCGUGAAAUUCGAGGCGACGUUCGCCAACGACUACGACGCGGUGUCAAAGAGCCUCUUUCUGAAGGUGAAGCUAAUGAAGAAGCUGGCUCAGGCGUUUGGCGAGAAGAAUGCCAGCGUGCUGACCCUGGAGGGGCUCCGCUACGGCUCGCUCGUCGUGACGUGGAGCAAUGGCUCCCUCCCCGCGGAGCCGUGCCCCCUUGCGGAAGUGCGACAGCUGUAUGGCAAGAUGCACGCGGGAGACGGCAGGCCGCGUGACGAGUUCCGCGCCGCCAUGCUGCCCGAGUUCGAGGCGGUGGCGGUCGGAAUAAAGGGAACCGACGGCUGCCAGGGGGCGAACUUCCUGUCGACGGCGCCGUGGGAGCCCGCGGUGUCGCGCGCCACCGAGCCCCCCACGCAGUUCGGGAGCUUGAGCCAGGACGACGCUUACCUCCACACCGUCAUCCCAGCCGUGGCCGUCGCCCUCCUGCUCCUGAUCGCCGGCGUCGUCGCGUUCGUCUGCUACCGCAGGAAGCGCCGGGGCAAGAUGUCCUUGGAGGAGCACACGACGUUCAUCAAGAAGGGCGUCCCCAUCAUCUUCGCGGACGAACUGGACGAGGCGAAGCCCGCGCCGUCCUCCAGCAUGCCGCUCAUCCUCACAGAGGAGCGCGCCCCGCUCUCGCCCCCCGAGUAUUCGGGGCAGACGUUCCCCGGGGGACUGCCUGAGGAGCUGCGCCCCCUGCGGGAUGACGGCGGCGGGGGCAGCGUGCCCCCGUACCAGCCCCCCCCGCCCUUCGCCAGCGUGGAGGAGAGCCGCAGGUCCCACCCCAAGAGCGUCCACCCCGUCAAGUCGCUGCCCACCUACGUACCCCCCUAACGCCGUGGCCCAGGGACUGUCUGGGACGCUCGGCGCCGUGCGUAUCAAUCUCCUCCUCCCGCUUUAGAGUCUCGCCAACCCUCCGCGCGAAGGGAACCACGUUUGUACAGUGUUUAAAGAUUCCAGCUUGACUCGGUCUCUCGUUUUGUGUUACGGCUGUAUGUGCAGUAGCUGUGCAAGCGUAUCCACUGCCCAUAUAAUUUCCGCAUUGGUAUCAUUACUUUUGUGGCAUUAUUUCAAAAACGCUCUGGGGUUGUCGUGAUUGAUUUUGUCAAUAAGAUAAAUUAGUAACCCUUGUUGAUUUUGCGCGAUUAAUCUAGGGGUAUCGAUCAUUCCCAACAGCAGGCUUAUGACCAAGUUUAAUUAACUCCAGCACGUGUAGUGCAACGGCUUGGGCUCUGAUCGCCUCUCCGCUCUUGUCACGAACCCACACUGCCACUGCUGCAGUAGCAGAGGCAGCAGUGCGACGCUGCUCUAGUAAUGAAAACAUUGCGUUCUCCUGUGAUUUUGUUAAAACACUAAUUGACGAAAGCAAUUUAAUUACUGUAAUAGACGUCCCACGCAGUUGCUAGUGAGAGCUGUGCACGGGAGCCAACGGCCGUAACGUUUCGGAGACACAAAUCCACCCGGUCCAGCGCACGGUGGUACUCGCAUUGAUACGCACAGCACUACGCUGUCCUUGACUUACCAAAGUGUACACGAUUAACUUCUCGUUCUUCAGUCACAUGGUAUAGCAGCUAAUACUACAGAUGAUCAGGUCUAUGCACAUAAGGCAUGUGGUACGUAAUGGGUGGCGGUUCUUGAUUUUAAUGACGAAGUGUACUUUAUGUGCAGUAGCUCAAUAAGGGAUUUUGUCAAUAGUUUUGAAAAGCUUUUACAACCGUGUUUGGAUAUUUUGUAGUAUUUUUUAUAAUGUAAAUGUGUUUCCAUUCGAGGUUGCGCUGGUAGUGUCGGUGCUUGGGAGAGGGACCAUGGAGGGGCUGGCCUUUGCCGGCGCAGGGAAUUUUAAUUUCAAUUCCUUAAUGGCAAGGAGCCUCCUGGCGAGCUACAAACACUGACCGUGUGUUGCGGUGGCACGGAUCGCGGAAUAACACCGCAGUCGAGUUGAUUACUGCAGGAGGGUCCCAGUGAGCUAGAAACCUCUAAAUGCGGGAUUCCUGCAUUAACAGCAGAUCAAGCAAACUUGUAAAUUAUCUGCAAACGUAGAAUUCUUUGCAAUACUGUACUCUUAACACUGCACACGCCUGGCACUGCCACUAACGUGGGUGCUGCGAUGGUUAUAAAUUAACUACUGUAACAAUUUCAAAUUAAUUCUAAUAAAAACAUGAAAACACAAAUUUGAAACUCAAAAAGUAAAAGCAAGCGUUGGCGCUUGGUGUCAUAUAUACCGCUAAUGAACAAACACCACGUGACCAUGGGGGGUCGACCCGCGCGUUGAAGCCCUUCCCGUGAGCCACUCGCGGCGGCUGGACCAGGGGGCGGUUCGCGUUCCCAGUCGGUGCAUGUGCGUUCUCCACGCGUGACUUUGUCAUCUUGCCAAGAGGAGGAGGGGUGUGCAGUCCAAGUUGUGUUCACAGUACGAAGGUUUGUGGUCUUACAGCAUCUAACUCUUCAUAUAUAUUUGCCAAAAUUAAUGUUUUGCAUACAAACGGUACUACUAAGAUUUUUUUUACCAACAUUAAAAUGUUGGUAAAAAAAACACAUUUCUCUACCUAACGCGUGAUAGAGAAAUGUACAUUUUUACCAGCGUUGAAUGAACUACAUUUGAUCGUAGUGGUUUCCUGGUUAUGUAUGUACGUUGAACUUCUUUUGCACCGUACGUAGCCAACCUUGCUAAUCGGAGGUGCGGGGGAAGGACAACAAACUAACCACACAGUGGUUAACGUAGUGGUCGUGAGCGCGUGACGCGGCGGUUGUGCUGUCGGUACGGCGCGUGCAUCGGUGCGCGCGCUGCGUUUGCCGCGGGCUGCUGCGGCCGCCCCGUUUGGCAGCCGGCACCAGGACGGGCUGCACCACUGAACCUUUUUAUUAUUAACCACGCUCACGGCUUCACUUUAAGCUUGUUCUGCAAUGGCUGUGGAUAUUUUACUUUCUGCACCUCAUUCUUGGUUUGGUAGUUCUUUCUUCUUUUUCAUAUAAAAAAACACAUUUAUUUAAAA